CAUCCGAGGACUUCUUCUCCUUCUUCUUCUUCUUCUUCCGCCGCCGUAUCUCUUUUCUACCGCACAUCCACCCGUCUGCACACUCACAUGGGAUCAGAGUUGCACGUGUCGCCGACUCCUCAUCUAGACGCCAUCAAGGAAGAGCCCACGCGGUCUUUCUCCCCACCCUCAUCACCCCUUGCCGUUGCUGCAACGCGCCAGGUGGAGCCGGAGGAUGAAUGGGCAGGACUGGGCGAUCGUCAGGAGCGACGGAGGAGACAGAACCGGCUGAACCAACGCGCAUACCGGAAACGGAAACAAGCUGAACGGGGAGUAGUAGCCCGAUCCAAAACAGGGUCCCGAAGCAAUGAGCAGAGCUCAUCAUCGCAGUCCUCCCCGGGUGACGAUUCCAAUUCCAAUGCCAAUCCAAGUCCAACGGACCAAGCCCUCUGCACACGGAGGCCUAGCAGCUUCGACCCGUCACGACGACCGCAGACCGUCCAAGCCCUGCUCGAGCGCUUCAGCCAAGUAGCAAUGGAGAACUACAUCCGCGGGUCCCCGGCGUCCGACCAUCUCCUCACACUCACCAAACUAAACGUCUUCCGCGCCUUUGUGUCCAACAUGUCGGCCUUGGGCAUGGGGAUGGAUGACGACUGGUGCCACGACGACGACGCCCUGUCUUUGUUCAACACCAAACCGCUCGGCUCCAUCGACGAGAGCAGCAUGCCCUUGCAUCUGCGUCCCACGAAACUGCAGGUGAAGAUCCCGCACCACCCGUGGCUGGACUUCUUCCCCCUGCCCCGCAUGCGCGACAACCUGGUGGAAGUGAGCGAUCGUUUCGACGACGAGGAACUGUGCAUGGAUAUCAUGGGGUUCUGGGAACAUGGGACGGAUAGCUGCAGCAUGCUGGUCUGGGGCGAGCCCACGGAUCCGGCCAACUGGGAGGUCACGGAGAAGUUUCUGCGGAAAUGGCCCUGGGUUAUUCGAGGGUGUCCGGAGCUACUGCAGUCGACGAAUCGAUGGCGACAGCAACGGGGCGAGAAGAUGCUCAUUCGAUAUCUGUAG